AUGGCACAGCCGCAGCCCGCGGAGGGCCCCGCGCCCCGCGCCGGCACUUGGGUGAGCGCCACGCUGCCCCGCCGCUUCCUGCAGCUCCCCUCCUACCGCGGCUACGGGCAGCCGGAGCCGCACCCGCUGUACCGGACGACCAACCAGGAGUACGGCCGCAGAGCGCCCACGGUGUACGAAGUGCCGGUCUCCUACCACGUCACCUCGCACGCCUUCUCAGACUCCCUGGCACAGCGUGGCAUGUACAGGAACGACGGGCUCAACACCUCGCUGGAGAAGAGCCGUGUCACUGGCCCUGCCAACUUCAUCACCCCCCGCGACACCCUCGACUUCCACCCCAGCUACAAAGUCGGUGGGCCCUCGCACUGCUAG